GGGCGGGGGGCGCUCGCUGUGGGGGAGCUCCCGGCUAGUCCAGCCCCAGCCUCUCCCAGCAGGGGGCGCUGAAGGGAGCGGGGUGGCAGCGCUGCCCCACAAACACACUCCCCGUGGCCUCAGGCUCCCCUGUCCCCGCCCCCCACCCUCAUGCUGCCUGCUGCCUUAGCCCUGUCAGGUGCAAAAGGAAAUGACAGCAAAGAGGAAAUAAGUUUGCAGCGCUUGUGGGGAGCGCCCUGGACUGAGGUGUUGGCAAGGGACGGAUGCACGGCCGUGCCACUUGGGCACUGCUCCAUUGGGAAUGGCCCCAGCACAGAGCACGAGCUAAGGGGAUUGGGCACAUUGCAGGGUGCUGGGCUCGUGGGCAUGGCGUCCGGCCCCAUGUCCUCCGCCGACUCCUCCAGCCUCAGUACCCUGGAGGAGCUGUCCGAUGCCUUCGAUUCGGCCCUGGGGCGCCAUGACGACUCCAGCUCGCUGGGCUCCGACUCUGAGCUGAACGGGGCCGCCCCCUAUCGCCAGACCGACCGCUAUGGCUUCCUUGGGGCCAGUGGUGCCCAGGAUGGCCUGGGUCAGCCCCCAGUAGAGCUCAUCCGGCACCGGGAAGCCAGAUGGCUGGAGAUGACAUCGCACUGGGAGAAGGCCAUGGCCAGGAGGUACAAGAAGGUGAAGGUCCUGUGCCGUAAAGGGAUCCCCUCGUCCAUGCGCGCCCGCUGCUGGCCCCUGCUGUGCGGAGGGCAGGCCAGCAUGGACCGCAACCAUGGCAAGUACAAGGAACUGGAACAGUCACCUGGCGACCCGCAGUGGUUGGAGACCAUUGAGAAGGACAUCCACCGCCAGUUCCCCUUCCACGAGAUGUUCCUGUCGCCUGAGGGACAUGGGCAGCGAGGACUCAUGCAGCUCCUGAAGGCCUACACCGUGUAUCGGCCCCGCGAGGGCUACUGCCAGGCCCAGGGUCCUGUGGCUGCAGUGCUGCUCAUGCACAUGCCUGCUGAGCAAGCCUUCUGGUGCCUGGUGCAGAUCAGUGAGCGCUACCUGCCCGGUUACUACAGCCCUGAGAUGGAGGCAGUGCUGCUGGAUGGCGAGGUCUUCGUGGCGCUGCUGCGGCGCGUCUGCCCCAAGGCCUACAAGCACCUGCAGAAGCACAGUGUGGGGCCGCUGCUCUACGUCACCGAGUGGUUCCUGUGCCUCUACAGCCGCACCCUGCCCUUCCCCACCGUGCUGCGCAUCUGGGAUGCCUUCCUCAGCGAGGGGGUGAAGGUGCUGUUCCGGGUGGGGCUGGUGCUGGUGCGCCUGGCACUGGGCUCCUCGGAGAAUCUGCGAGAUUGCACGGGCAUUGUGGAAACACUGGAAAAGCUGCGCAGCAUCCCAGCCCGCCUACUGCAGGAGGACAUGUUCAUGGCCGAGGUUCACAAUGUGGCCGUCUCGGACCGCGAUGUGGAGCGCGAGUGCCGGACCCAGCUAGCCAAGCUGCGCAAGGUCCGGCCUGAUUUUGGGUACCGCCCGGAGCAGCGCCUGCCCAACGCCAAAGCCAUCUUCGACGCCCAGCAGCUGGAGGAUGCGCAGCAGCCCAGGAAGGGCAGGCACCCAGCGCCCGCCUUCCUCAUCCCCGAGAUUGUGGUGGACCCCCCACCCCCACCCCCCAAGGAGCAGCGCCGGAUGGAGAGGGAGCGACUGAAGGAGCAGCGCCGGCAGGAGCAGGAGCAGCGCCGGCAGGAGGAGGCAGCCGAGAAGCAGGCUCGGAAGAAGAAGCCCCCAGGCAGGAAGAAACCAGACACGCGUGGCAAGACUUUCCAUGUGGCCCAGCGCCCCAUGCUCAGCCUAGCACAAGAGAGCGGGGAAGGGGAGGAGCCUGGCCCUGCCAAGAGAAACUCUGCCCCCUACCUGGAGACCUAUUUCUGAAUGGGUGGGGCGGGGCCUGCCCUAGCAAGAGACACUCCGCCCCUUGCUGGAGACAUGUUUUGAAUGGCAGGGGUGGAGCCUGCCCCACCAAGAGAGACUCCACCCCCUACCUGCUCAAUGGAUGGAGAGGAGACAGUGUG